AUAACUGGUUUUAUUUAAUUUUAACGAAGUGCUUCUAGGGAAUCGCGGGCGGACUACCCAAAAUUAUAAUAUACUCAAAAAGUUUGAACAAGUUCCGCCUCUAUCAACAGAAAGCCUGAAAUCUUCAUCGACCAGAGGCAUAACAACCAAAAACAGCAAUCCGAAGUUUUUCAUCCCAUAAAAUGGCUGACAACGUUUGUGCGUCUCCGUCUAUCAAAUCGAUCGAUUUCAGCAGCUACAAAGUUCACGUUGUGGGAAAUUACAACUCCUGCCAGAAAUUACUCCACGAACUUAAACAGCAUUGUGAGGACUAUCCAGUGCUUGGAUUCGAUUGCGAAUGGUGGUCCACAUGCAUGACCGAUCCCAAGGGUCACCGCCGAAAGGUAGCCCUGCUCCAGUUGGCGUCCGCCGCAGGCCUAUGCCUACUGAUCCAGUUGACGCUAUUGAGCGAUAUUCCACAGGAACUGAGAGACCUACUAGAUGACUCUCGUAUCCUCAAAGUAGGCGUUGAACCGCUCGGUGAUGGCAGCAAGCUGCACCACGAUUACGGUCUCGCCGUUCAAGGAACAGUAGAUUUGCAAACGUUGGCACACCACCUGGACAUUUCGCCACCUUACGGCUUGAAGGCACUGGCGAAAAGUGUGCUUGGGUUUGAGAUGGUCAAAAAGCGGCAAGUCGCCUUGUCCAAUUGGGAAAAACCUCAGCUGAAAGCGAGACAGAUCGAUUACGCUUCGAAGGAUGCCAUCGUGGGAUUGGAGAUUUUCCGGGCGUUGAACGAGAGAAUAGAGUUACGUGAAAUGGAUCCGUUUCUGGAUGUUUGCUUUAAACCACCCGCAGUUCCAACACUUGAGAAGCAGUCAAGCGAACCGCCUCAGAAGAAACCGCGGAAAAGGCAUCCUCGAUCCAAUCUGACACCACAGAUGCGGCCACUUCCGAUUAAGCGAUUGCGGGUAGACCCACGGCAGCACCAGCAACUACAGGGACAUUUGUAUACAGAAUUUUGAUAAAAA